AAAAAAAAAACAAAAAAGAAAAUAAAAUAUACUAGUUUGUGUGUGCUGUCUACUUUAUAUUGCGUUCUUUCUCCCUCUGAACCUUCCUUGCCUUCCUUCAAAAGAAGAAAACCCUCUCUCUCUCUCUCUCACGCCGUCCGGUGCAUUUCUUGAAUCUACACAGAAAAAAUGGGAGAAGAGAAGAAGGCUCAACCAGCUGGUGUCUGGCCUACCGUUAAGCCCUUUGUUAAUGGCGGUGCCUCUGGCAUGCUUGCCACCUGUGUAAUACAGCCCAUCGAUAUGAUUAAGGUGAGGAUUCAAUUGGGCCAGGGUUCAGCUGCCCAGGUGACAAAGACUAUGCUUAAGGAGGAAGGUUUUGGUGCCUUUUAUAAGGGGCUAUCUGCUGGACUACUAAGGCAAGCCACAUAUACAACUGCUCGACUUGGAUCGUUCAGGAUGCUGACCAACAAAGCAAUUGAAGCCAAUGAUGGGAAGCCCCUUCCUCUAUAUCAGAAGGCUUUGUGUGGGCUGACUGCUGGUGCUAUUGGGGCAUGUGUUGGCAGUCCGGCAGAUUUAGCGCUUAUCCGUAUGCAGGCUGAUGCUACUUUACCUGCUGCUCAGCGUCGAAAUUACACAAAUGCCUUCCAUGCCCUUUACCGAAUUGUGGCAGAUGAAGGGGUUUUGGCACUUUGGAAAGGUGCAGGCCCUACUGUUGUGAGAGCAAUGGCAUUGAACAUGGGGAUGCUUGCUUCAUACGAUCAAAGUGUUGAGUUUUUCAGGGAUAACCUUGGUUUUGGUGAAGCUGCUACAGUAAUAGGUGCAAGUAGCGUGUCAGGGUUCUUUGCUUCAGCUUGCAGUCUUCCUUUUGACUAUGUUAAAACUCAAAUUCAGAAAAUGCAACCUGAUGCCCAGGGAAAGUAUCCAUACACUGGCUCUUUAGACUGUGCCAUGAAGACUCUCAAGGCAGGAGGACCAUUCAAAUUCUACACAGGAUUCCCCGUGUAUUGUGUUAGAAUUGCUCCCCAUGUCAUGAUGACCUGGAUAUUCCUGAACCAGAUCCAAAAGCUGGAGAAAAACGUGGGAUUAUAGUUUUCCUCGCAGAUGGGGAUUUUCAGUUGACUUAAGCUAUGGAAUAAAAGAUACCUGAGCUGUGUUGUAGUUUCUGGCUGGUUUUGGUGUCUCACAUCCUUUCCAAGUCCAACCAAUCAUUUUUAAAAUUUUUACAGUGCAAUUGAGUUAGGAUUUCUGAAGUUUAUUGAACUUGGUACAUUUAGGACAGUCAUAGAUCUUUGGACUAAACAAAAACCCUUAAAGAGAGUUUCUCAAAAUUAGAAGAGAGUAUUAAAACAAAAUAAGUUUUUGUACUUGAUAAACAAAACAAGUAUUCUGCAUUCAUUUUUGUUGUGCUUUCUAUCAAGAUUUACAGGUUUAGUGCAUUUUAUUGCCAUUUUUUUAAUAUAUUUGUGGAUUGAGAGUAAUGCAACCAUGGCCAUUUUGUUGAUGUUUAAUAGUAAUGGUAAUUUACUAA